CAACAACCCAGCUUGAUAAAGGCAGCCGGCACUGGGCAUAUAUAUAAGGAGGGGUCUUGGGCUGGUACGACUUACUCUGCUUCAUCCAACGAAACUUGAAAACCAACCGACCACUCUGAAUCGCCCUUCAACCACAGAAGAUUUCUACUUUAUCUCCCGAACCACUCCCGAAUCAAGCCAUCUGCCUUAUCAACAUGACUUGCUGUGGACGCAAUAACGGCGAGUGCGUGUGCGCGAAGGAGGCGACCUGUUCUUGCGGAAAGCAACCCGCUCUCCAGUGCACCUGCGAGAAAGCCGCUACGGAGAACAAGAUCGCUGGCUCCACCUGUGCUUGUGGAAAGCGCCCAGAAACUGCUUGCACCUGCGGCAAGGCGUCGGCGUCGGCGUCCUCGGAACUCGAGACCGACUUCACAACCAAGAAAUAAGUCGGCUCUACUAGGCCCCCCCCUCCGCUCAUGAACAGGUUGACGAUAUGAGGGCCUGCGGGAUUUCAUGCAAGGUGUUCCGGCGUUUGUGCAUGAUGCUGAUGCUGGAGAGGGAGACUCUGCGGCAUCCAGAUUGAUUGGAAGCAGUGACCCAUCAUGGCCGAUACCUGUGCGUGGAUUAUGACGGCGUCAGCCGUAGUGAUAGCUUGUGUAUAUUAGCAGUUCAGACCCUGAUCAGGCAUACUUUGAGUCCAUCCGAGUGCUUUAGUGAGGCCAGAAUUUUUGGGGAGCCGACAAUGAUUGUCAGCGGCUCUGCUUUUGGGGACUCUGAAUUGGAGAUGCCCGUGCAAUUCUAGGACACACACAUAUAGUGACACAGCAAUACAUGAC